CCUUGGACAGCGACCACGACAAGUACUCAGCCACACGGACAAACCCUCGACUAACUAACCGAUCCUUGAAGGCUCAUUGACAUGGCAAACUCAAAGGAAAACCCAGAUUCCGACCUCUACGGAGACUUGUAUGAUGACGAGUUCACUGUGCCACUGGACGAUGAGGCCUCCCCCACCACCGAGGCCCCUCCACACGCAGACAAGAAUCUUGAACCUGUGAAGACGGAGACUUCAACAUCAGCUACUUCUGCGUCAUCACUACCUGCUAAACCUCAGCUUUCAAAAAGCGACUAUGCUUUGUCGUAUUCAGCCCAGGUUGCAAAGCAGUUCUCUGUGUACCAGCAGACACCGAGCCAGGAGCGUAUUCAGAAGCCACCUUUGCCACUCCCAGCAAAUCCAAGUGCGCAAGGUGGGCCAUCGGCAAUAGCAACACACGAAGGACCGACCGACAGCCAUGCAGACAGGCCUAUACGACCUUCAGAAAUGAAAGAUGAAGGCAAAAUGUUUAUUGGCGGCCUUAACUGGGACACUACAGAUGAAGGUCUAAGGACAUACUUUUCGCAGUUUGGCAAGGUGGAUGCCUGUACGAUCAUGCGCGACCCAGACGGGCGUUCAAGAGGCUUCGCCUUCUUGACCUUCGAUGAGCCGGAAAGCGUAAAUGCUGUCACCGGAAGGGAACAUAUUUUGGACGGGAAGGCUAUUGACCCAAAACGCGCGAUUCCCCGAGAAGAGCACCUAAGAAAUACGCGUUACUUCGUCGGUGGUCUCGCGCCCACUACCACCGCAGACACGAUGCGCGAGUUUUUCACACGGUUUGGGAAGGUCGUUGAUGCGACAGUCAUGGUCGAUCGCGAGUCAGGCCGUUCCAAAGGCUUUGGCUUCGUCACCUUUGAGGACUCGAAUAACUCUGACGAAUUCGUGGGGAAACUCGGGUUGAUGUUGGAUGACAAGCAGAUCGAAGUCAAAGCCGCUCAACCCCGAAGCCAGCGCGAUCAAGCGCGAAACAUGCAACAGGGCAACCGCGAGCCCUAUUUCAACGACUCCGACUCACGCACGCCAAACACUACCGCCAUGGGCUUCCCACAACAGCCUAACCCUGCAGCCACGAACAUGCUUUAUCAGCGUGUCAUGAGUCAAAUGCCGAUGAUGGGAGCGGCGAACAUGGGGAUGAUGAAUCCCAUGAUGAUGGGCAUGGGCAUGGGAGGCAUGGGCGGUCUGAAUAGUAUGGGAGGCAUGGGCGGUGUGGGUGGUAUGGGCAGUAUGGCUGGCAUGAACGCCAUGGGGAUGAACAUGAUGGGCGGUAUAAAUCCAAUGGGUGGUAUGGGUAUGAACGCCAUGCGGAUGGGGAUGCCAGGGAUGGGGAUGAUGAACGCCGCGGGCACAGGUGCGGGGAUGGGGAUGAACAACAUGGGAAUGCGGAUGCGGCAGGGCAUGACAGGCGCUGUUACCCCGAAUGCGAAUGCAGGGCGUAUGACAAUGAACCAGGGACUGGGUCCAUCGAGAAUGUCGAGUCGCGGACAGCAUUCAUUCCACCCAUAUGCACGAUAGUACACUGGUGUAUUUAUUUGCUUUGCACUUGCUGAUCUGUACCAUAUAUCACCACUAGUUAUUAACUAUGCAUGACGAGCGCAUAGCGAACUCGAACUUGUUCUUGAAGCUUGAAGCUUGAAGCGCGCCGUUUGUUUGCGUCUAUAAGUAGUUAAUACUAGUGACGAAGGAACGAUUGUCUUCCUUCGAUUGGUCAGGCUAGGGGAGACUAUUACUCUAUCUCAUCCUUUGCGGUUCCUCAUGGAAAGC